ACCUCAAAUUCUCUUCUGCAUGUGCUUCAACCACCUUGUGCUCAGUCCACCUUUUCCCAUUCCUAUAUAUACCUUCACCUCUCUUGCAUUCUACUCCAUUGUUGUGGAUUCAACUGCAUUACUUCAAUGACUAUUCAAAACACUCACAGUUUUGUCUUCUUUGUGUUAUUGGGUAUAGGGAUAUGUUCUGCAGCCAGAACACUCCUACAUUAUGAAGAGCCCGUCCAUGUUCCUGCUGUCGGCUAUGGCGCAGGCCAUGGUGGCGGCGGCGGUGGCGGCGGCGGUGGCAGCGGUGGUGGAUCGGGUUAUGGAGGUGGUGGUGCUGCGGGUUAUGGUGGUGUUGGGGGAUAUGGUGGCGGAGGAGUGCAGAAGUGGUGGGGGCAUUCAGCCACUUUUUUUGAAACACCUCAAAUUCUCUUCUGCAUAUGUGCUUCAACCACCCUUUCCUACUCCUAUAUAUACCUUCACUUCUCUUGCAUUCUACUCCAUUGUUGUGGAUUCAACUACAUUAUUUCAAUGACUACUCAAAACACUCAUAGUUUUGUCUUCUUUAUGUUAUUAGGUAUAGGGAUAUGUUCUGCAGCCAGAACAAUCCUACAUUAUAAAGAGCCUGCCCAUGCUCCUGUUGUCAGCUAUGGUGCAGGCCAUGUCGUCGGUGGUGGUGGUGGAUCGGAGUAUAGAUUUGGUGGUGCUGCAAGUUAUGGUGGUGUUUGGGGAUAUGGUGGCGUAGGAGGUGCAGGAAGUGAUGAGGAUUAUGGAGCGAUAGGAGAACAUGGUGCUCCUAGCUAUGGAGGUGGUAGUGGUGGUGGAAAAGGAGGUGGUGUUGCCUACGGAGGUGCUGGUGGACAUGGUGGUGGUGGUGGCGGCGGUAGUGGUGGUGUUGAUGGUGGUGGGGGCACUGAAAGACAUGGAAGUGGGAGUGGUGAAGGAGGUGGUGCCAGUUAUGGUGUUGGUGGUGAACAUGGAGUGAGUGGCGAUGGUCGGGGUAAUAGCGGUGGCGGUGGCUCUGGUUAUGCUGGAAAACAUGGCAGUGGUUACAGAGGUGGAGAAGGUGGUGGUGCCGGUGGCAGUCAUGGUGCUAGUGGAAAACAUGACAAAGGUUAUGGAGGAGGAGGCGGACAUGGUGCUGGUGCCGGAGGAGGCUAUGCUGCUGGAGGAGCAAGUGGUGGAGGAGCUGAAGGUGGAGCUAGUGGUGGCUAUACAGGUGGUGUAGGAGGAGGUGGUGCCAGAGGAGGCAGCGGACAUAGUGUUGGUGGCAAACAUGGUGCUGGUGUCAUUGGAGGUGACAAACAAGGUGGUGGUGCCGGUGGCAAAUAUGGUGCUGGUGGAAAACAUGGCGAAGGCUAUGGAAGAGGCAGUGGACAUGGUAGUGGUGCCGGAGGAGGUUAUACUGCUGGAGGAGCAAGUGGUGGAGGAGCUGGAGGUGGAGGUGGCGGACACGGUGCUAGUGGCAAACAUGGCGCUGGUGCCAUUGGAGGCAACGAACAUGGUGGUGGUGCCGAUAGCAAACAUGGUGCUGGUGGCAAACAUGGUGCUAGUGCCAUUGGAGGCGGUGAGCAUGGUGGUGGUGCCGAUGGCAAACAUGGUGAUGGUGGCAAACAUGGUGCUAGUGCCAUUGGAGGCGACGAACAUGGUGGUGGUGUUGAUGGUAAACAUGGGGCUAGUGGCAAACAUGGUGCUAGUGCCAUUGGAGGCGGCGAACAUGAUGAUGGUGCCAGUGGCAAACAUGGUGCUGGUGGAAAACAUGGCAAAGGCUAUGGUGGAGGCGGAGGACAUGGUGGUAGUGCUAGAGAAGGUUAUGCUGCUGGAGGAGCAAGUGGUGGAGGAGUUGGAGGUGGAGCUAGUGGUGGCUAUGCAGGUGGUGCAGGGGGAGGAGGAGGUUCCGGUGGUGGCAGCAGCUAUGGAGGAGCUCAUGGAGGUGCAUAUGGAGGACGAGGUGGUGGUGAGGGCGGAGGCCAUGGUGCUAGUAGCAAACAUGGCGAAGGCUAUGGAGGAGGCAGCGGACAUGGUGGUGGUGCUGGAGGAGGCGGCGGACAUGGUGCUAGUACCAUUGGAGGUAACAAACAUGGUGGUGGUGCCGAUGGCAAACUUGGUGGUGGUGCCGAUGGCAAACUUGGUGCUGGUGCCAUUGGAGGCGGCGAAAAUGGUGGUGUAGCCGGAGGAGGCGGCGGACAUGGUGGUGGUGCUGUUGGAAGUUAUGCUACUGGAGGAGCAAGUGGUGGUGGGGUUGGAGGUGGAGCUAGUGGUGGCUAUGCAGGUGGUGUAGCCGGAGGCGUUUUUGGUGGUGGCAGCGGCUAUGAAGGAGCUUAUGGAGCUGCAUAUUGGGGACAAGGUGGUGGUGAGAGCGGUGGUUAUGCUCCUUGAAAUUAUCUUUACUACUUCUUUGUCACCAAAAGCUUCACAUCUUCUUACCUAUAUUAAAUUAUUAUUAGUAUUAAUAAGGGGAAAAAAAACUCGGUCAAAAGUCACUUUUGGUCCCUGUAGUUUAGCACUUUAACCAUUUUUGACCUUGUAAUUUCAAUUCCG